AGAUACAUCAUGGCCGCCUUUGAGGAUUAUUCCGUCUAUGGAAACCUGAGUGAUGACGAGCUGCUGCAGAUCGCCAUCGAGCGCAGUCUCAGCGACACCCCCGACAACGCACCCCCCCAACCUGCAGACCACAGCUCCCACAAUGCACCUGCAGACCACAGCUCCCACAAUGCACCUGCAGACCACAGCUCCAACAAUGCACCUGCACACCAAAGCUCCCAAAAUGCACCUGCACACCACAGCUCCCACAAUGCACCUGCACACCACAGCUCCCACAAUGCACCUGCACACCAAAGCUCCCAAAAUGCACCUGCACACCAUAGCUCCCACAAUGCACCUGCAGAGCAGCCCACUGCCCAUUACAGCUCUCCAAACCCUCCGAGGCAGAAGCCCCCUGAUCCGUAAG